UUAGUGGGACAGAGUAACAAGGAAGAUAAGUUAGAGAAAGGAAAAAGAAAAGAGUGAGUGAGCGAGUGAUAAAGAGGGAGAAAAAGAGAGGGAGAGGAAGCUGGUUAGGUCAGCCGUUUUCUAAGGUGUUCACUGGUUCUGCUGUUAUUGUCGUAUAUUAUUUAUAUUUAAGUAUUUAAAUCAAUGAUCCGGAGUACUAAUUAAAAAAACAUAUAUGUUUUUAUAUAGGUGUUCUAUAUAAAAAUUUAAAACUAUUUAUUUAUUGUAAAUUUAUUUAGUGGUGUAAUAACUAAACAAACUGUAUAUUAUCGUGAUAAAGAACACAAUGAUAGGCGGACAGAAUGCCUGAGAUACCGUCCAAGUCGUUGAUUCUGAUUCGUGCCGAAAAAGGUGUGAGUUUGGAGUCAAAGUGUAGCAUAUCGUUUACUAUUAAUAUAAAUAUCAAGGGUUUGUUGAGUUAAAUUUAAAAGUGAUUUUAAAAUUUAUUUGAAUUUAUUAACCGACCCCGGGAAACUAAAUUCCUGAUAACAGGGAAUGAGGAUACCCGGGGAAACGUAGUCCUAAUUUAUUUAAAAAUGGAAAGAUGUAUUGGAUAACGCGGCUCGGAAUGAGUAAUUUAUUGUGGAUAUGUUGGCUCUAUCAAACACUUCCUGAAGUUUUUACUUUUCCAGUCAGUCCAUCAAAUAUUACAGAUUCAACGGAAUCAAAAUUAUGGUCACCGCAGCUUCAUUAUAUCCUGGGUUCAAUUGCAGUCGUGGCAAUGGUAUCAGCUUUUCUUGGAUGUCUUUGCUGUCGACGUGAACGUCGGGCCAAAGGAUUUCAGGAAUUCAAAGAUGGAAGUACUGCAGGAAGUGAAACGAUUAUUGAACGUGGGCUGGAGUUAGAAGUAUCUCGAUCUAAUAACUCGACAAAUCAGUUUCAAUUUGAGCCUUUGACUGUCGAACGUUUUGUCCCAGAAACAAAAAAUCUAUCGGGCAAACCAUCAAAACCACCGUCACCUUCGCUUAUAAACGACAGUCUUGAUAAAGAUGAAAAUAAUUUAUCACCAUGCCAAGAAUGGUUUUCACCGGGUCUGCAUGUGCCACGUGAACGUCUUAAAUAUCUUCGUGAAAUAGGUCGCGGUUGGUUUGGAAAAGUCGUAGAGGGCACACAAGAUUUAGAUCCCGGAGGAUUGUUGCCGAAAAAUGAUGGCGUAGUUGUAAGAAUUCUUACAGAAGAAGCCUCCACUAGUGAACGCGCAUGGUUUCUAGGUGAAGCUCUACCGUAUCUGAAACUACGUCACCAAAGUCUUUUGAAAUUACUCGGUGUUUGUUUGGAAACCGAUCCUUAUUUGUUGCUUUUUGAAUCCUGUUCCGGAGGUGACUUGAAGACAUUUUUAAAAUCUAAUUCUCACUCAAAUGAGACAUUAAUUAAAACUAACGUGCCUAUAAAAAUGGCCAUAGACAUUGCAGUAGCUCUAGAUCAUAUGCACCGUCAUGGUUUUGCUCAUACAGAUCUUUCAGCGCGAAAUUGUCUUGUCGCAUCUGAUUUAUCAGCAAAACUGGGGGACUACGGUAUUGGUGUUGAAAAAUAUCCAGGGGAUUAUUACGUUGUUGGAGAUCGAGCACUUCCAAUAAGAUGGUCAGCACCUGAAAGUUUAGUUUGCACUGAUACUACUAUCGAAACACGUGCGAUAACUCCACUCGCAAAUUUAUGGAGUUUCGCGAUUCUUCUUUGGGAAAUCGGUAGCUGGGGAGAUAGACCUUACGAUGAUCUCGGUGAUGAUCAAGUCAUUGAAAUGAUACUUUCUUGUAGAUUUUAUGAUCACCUUCCGUUUAAAAAUCUUAAAGAAUCUCCAGAUAAUCUUUUAGAAGCCAUCAAGUCUUGUUGGAAAUUAGAACCUAAAGAACGAUCGAGUCUUGAUGAAGUUAUUGAAAUAUUGAAAGGAAAAAAUUUUGAUUUUGAUCAACGAUGGGAAACACUCAAGCCUAAUUCAAAAGAACCAAUGAGGAGUCUUAGUUUGAAAGAACUUCGACAGAGUACCGAUUCAGAUCUAUGGCAAGCUGAUGAAAAAAUAUUCAGUACACCUCAAGCAAGUUUUAAACUUGGACCCGGUGAGCCAAUCAGAAAUGCUCCGUUAGCUAAAACAGAUACUACUGAAUCUGGGUCUGAAACAGAAGAAGAAAGUUGGAGAGGUAGAGUAGAACGCGGUGCUUAUACUGAAAAAGUCAGACAAAAAUCUAAAUCUGUUGCAGACUUAAUGGUACUCGUUCAUAUUGACUCUGAUUCUGAAGCCGAGUGGUCUCUGGGUCCUCAAGUUAUUGAGAAACCAAGAAAAAAAUUAGCAUCUGGAAGUGUUGGAGACUUGAGAACUACUGCUCUGGCAGAUGAAUUUGAUGAGGCUUUGAAAAAACUUCGUAACCCAAACUCUAAUAAAAUUUUUAAAGAAUUACCAGAUAAAAUACAGGAAUCUUUCGAAGAAAGUAAGAGUACAGAAAGUACAUCGAUGCCAAAAAAUGAUUCUACAUCUCCUAAUAAUUUUGUUGAUGUUGAGCUCUGGAAAAAUGCAUUAGAAUUUGAUUUGGAACGUAAAGUUACAGGAUUUGAUCUUGAGUCAAUUGAUUUUGAAAAGUUGAUUGGUGAUAAAUGUGAAUCAAGGUCAGUCUCUGAUGCACUUGAAAGUUCAACGUCUGCUCCAAAUACUCCGCAGUCACGUGGUGAAGAUUUAUCUGUUGACAACGAGGAUUUUUCAAAUAGCGAAGAAGUUGAAACUGAAAGACGCAGACUUCCGGAUGCUGAUGAAGAAGAAGAUCGUAAACAUUUAUCGACCCCAGAUGAUGAACGAAGUUCAGACAGUGGUUUCAGAGAUAAAGAAUCGUGUGAAGAAGAAGAAAAUCCAAUACCUUGUAGUCUAUCUCAUUCGGGUUUGAAUUCUUAUGGCGCGUUAUUUAAUACUCCACUUUCAGCGUCAACGGAAGAAGAACAGCUCAAAGUUUUAUUAGAACUUGACAACAUUCUUGACGCUGAAGAUUGUAAAAGUUUAGGAGAAGAUAUAUCUCUGUCACCCAGUAAAAUAAAUUUUAAUAUUUUAGAAGAAGACUCGAUCAUUUCAGCUUUGAAAUCACAACUCGAUUCUCCUGUUAGAGAUUCUGGUUUAGAAUUUAUUAAUAAAGAACUUUUAGAUAAAUUAGAGCUUAAAAUUAAUGAGAAAAAUGUUGAUCCGGAAAAAAAAGUUGAAGAAACUUCCGAUCUAGAAACAACCGAAAAAAUUGUAAAUAAAUUAGAUAUUGAAGUUGAUAAAAUUAAAAAUUUAGUAGAUGAUAAAAAUGACGAAGCUCUGGAUUCCAAACCAAUUAAUGAACAAGCUGAUGAAUUACAUGCAGAAGUUAUGAAGGAAGUGAACAGUUCGAUACAAGAGCAAGUCAAAGAGCCUUCAGAUGAAGAAUUAAUGGAACAAAAUGUUGAUAAAUUAAUUGCAGAAGUUGAGAAAAAUUUAAUUUCCAUAGAGAAAAAAUUUGCAGAGCCAUCAAUUAAAAAUAAUAAUUCAGAUAAAUCGAAUACUGAUACAUUUAGUGAAUCACAGGAACCUGAAAAUGAUAAUGAUGACGAAGACAGUUCGACUGUGAGCCUUCGUAGUGAUAAUUCUUAUGUAUCUUUUAAUCUUGAUGAAGAAUUUGUUGCUGCAAUAAGAAAUGAACUUCAAGAAAAACUUCCGCGUGCUCAGAUGUCGAUCGUUGAGUCACAAGAAUUGAGAGAUGAUGAAGUAUCAGCAGUUAAUAGUUCGGAGGGUGAUAAAAAAUCAUGGGAUUAUGAAGAUGAGUCGAGUGAAAAUGAUAGUAAUAUUGAUAUUGCUAUUAGAUAUAACAUAUAUGGAACUCCUUUAAGUCCGAUUCUUGAGGAACGUGAAAGCAAUGCAACUUCCGAAUCUCUUGGUGAUGCAUCGGUAGCAUCAAAGUUGUCUGGAUUUUCAGAAGAUGUUUUAGUUGUCGACACAAAAACAAAUCGAGUUUUGUUGGUAGAAGGAAGUUUUGAUCGACAAGAUGAUGACCGAGACACUUCUAAUGGUGACAUUACAGAUGACGAGAGCGCCGAUUGUGAUUCAAAUAAUUUAGGAAAUAAUUUGUUGGAUAUUCACAAUAAAGUAAGUGGCGCACCAAUGCCUAGUCCUGAAGAAGAGUCGAAGUGGCAAGCACAGUUUCCUAUUCAACUGCAAGACGAUCUCAUGUCAACGAGUUUCAGUACUGAGCAUGACUGGGACAGUCAGGAUGAUGAUGACAAAGCUGGUGAAGAUGCUACGGAAGAAGAUGAUGAUGACAGCUCGAGUUCUGGUGAAUUUGUAUGGAAGCGCUACGAUGAUAUACCUGAUAAUGAAGACCAGCAGCAAUCUAAACAUGUAGAUACCGAGGGAAAAAUAGAAGAAGAAGCUGAAGAUGAGGAUGAGGAUGAAGAAGAAUUUACACCUUCAGCCUGGGAUGCGACUUUGGCUCCCCAUAGAUCGGCAUUAAGAUCACCGGAAAAAACUCUCAAAGCAGGAGAUUUAUGUGUUAAUACUUACUGUCAGGAUGAACUGGACCAAAAGAAAAAUGUGUGGUUUAAAAAACAACGUUACCACUGUGUGUAUGAGUAUCCAAAGGAGACAUUAGUCCCCGAGUGCCAAGGCCAAGCCACAACAACUUGGGAACCGACUUCUUACGCCGACUGGGAAGAGAUGUUAGAAGAACCCAAAGUUGAUGUUUAUCCAAUUAAUUAUGAAUCUAAUCACGAUGAUGAAGAAUUUUUCGUCAGCAGUGGAAAUAGACCUUUUCAAUUUCAAGUAGGUGAUGGAAAGUACGUGAGUCAAUUUUUUCCCGGAGCUGCUGAGUCAUCGAAUGAAAAUGAGUCAGAAGGAGGAAAUAAAUUUGAAAGAAUAAAACAAGAUUUAAAAAUUGAUACAGUUGAUGGCAUUCAAUGUCAGCAACAGCAACAGCAACAAACGCAGUUGGGUGAACUGCGACAUACGAGAGACAGAUUAAAACUCAAUUUACCGAUUAAAAAUAAUUCAGAAAGCGGAAGCAAUGUAAUUAUUAAUGAAAUUGAAGCGGAUAAAAGUGAACAGGACAGUCGAAUAAACGAUGAAAGUGAUAGUAAAACUGAGAAGACUGAAACCAGUACGGAAUCUUCCAUUUCUAAAGAUGAUCAAUCAAUUAUUUCUGUUAUUAGAUCUCCGAUAGGGUCGUCGCUUGAAAACUUAAGCCGCGAAGAUAUUAAAAGCUCGGGUAAUGGAGAAAGUGAUGGUGAAAUUAGUGAACUUGAAAUUUCUUUUUCUUACAAAGAAGAGGUACCAGUAAAAUCAUCACGUAGGCCACUCGUUUUUUCUACCGAUAGUCUUGAUGGUAAACCUAAUGAUGGUAUUGAAAAGCAAGAUGAUCAGUCGGAUUUUAUUCACCAGAAACCGGAAGCUACAGAAGAACAGGAAAAAAAAUUAUUGGUAAUGGAGACGAAGGAAGAAAUUUUUUUAAAAGACGAAAGUAAAUUAAAACCGUCGGAAAAUGAUCAUGUGAUAGAAAAAAAUGAAACGGAUGUUGAAAAAUUCAAUAAGUCCGUCCGCGAACCAACUUAAGUUUUAGAUCGAUUUUUUUUUUAUAAAUAAGGUCCACAAAAAAAAUUUAAUAAUUUAAAAAUGAAAAAAAGCAAUGAACAAAAAUAAUGAAUUAAUAACUUAAGUAGAAGGUGAGAAAGUCUCAAUGAAAAGGAGUUUUCUCGAUAGAGAGCUCAAUUGGCAAAAGUCCGUCCUAAUAAUGAGAUAGUUUUCAAAAAUAAUAUUUUUUAUUUUUUUUUUUUUUUUGUAAAUAAUUGAAUAGUGGAAACACAAUCGCAAUAAUUAUUUUAAAAUUUGCUUUUUUAUUGUUUUGAGAUUAAGGUCUCACUUUGAAUGGGCGUAAAAUUAAUUAAAAUUAAAAUCUAUUUGUUCUUCGUUAGAUUAUUGUAAAUAUUUAUUAAUUUAUUGUAGAUGCAUCGAAAAUUGUGCCUAUACAAUUUAUCAUUUCAAUGUUUUAAUUACAAUUGAAAAAAAAGUGUCUUUAAUUAUUUCGAGCUAAAGAAAAAAAACUAUUCAAUACUUUUUUUUUGUACACUUGGCAUUAAACAGCUCUCUAUUAUCCGAAGUAUUAUUUUUAAAAAAUGCAAAACGAACAAAUAAGUAAUGAAUGAAAGAGAAAGUCAACCAAAAUGUCAUGGAAAAAAAAACGAUGAAAAAAUCGCGAAAAAAACCAUCAGUUGUGGCCAUUCUUAGACAGUGCCCACUUUUUUAAAAUAAUCAAUGACUCAAUUGUAAUGACGUAUUAAAAUUUUGAUUAUUAAUUAAAAAAAAGUUGAAGCGUUAAUUGAAAAAAGGGCAACGCAGUUACACUUUGGCCGAGACAGAUUUUUAAAAAAUUAUUUACCGUUGAUAUCAAUCAGGAGUUAAAUGAAAUUUGAAAAAUGAAUUUCAGUAUAAUUUUAAUGUUACAAUUUUGAAUGCCAAAUUUUUUAGGGUAAAAUUUAUUUACCAAAUUUUGUAUAACUUCUUAUUGAUGACAACUGUGAGUAAUUUUUUAAAAAAUAUGUCGGCGAAAUUUUCCUUUUUUCAAUUAAGGGGGGAAAGGUUCUGAUACAAAAAAAAAGAGCAUAUUUUCGUGAUUGUUUUUUCAGAGUACCUUCUUUAUUAAAAUUUUUAAAAUUUGAGACAUUAUUAAGCAACACCCCAAGAAUAUUUUGCUAAAUUUUCAUAAAAAAAUAUUGAAAAAUGUGCCAGUGGUAGAGGGGAGAGCCGAGUCACUUAAAAAAAAAGUCUCCAUGCCGUAGGCGGGAUAACUCAUGACUGUCUCACCUGAAAUCAAAAAACCAAAAUGAUUUCUUUAGUACAUAAGUUUACCUUGGAUUUGAACGAAGGAAUAAACAAAAUAUUCAUUUUUAAAUUUUUGGUAAAGGUGCAAUAAAAAAAACUCUGAUUUUUCCCAAAAAUUGCUCCUUUUGUUUAAUUAUAAAAUAAGUAGUUAUGGAAAAAAAAAACUUCGUUCGAAUCUAAGGUAAACUUAUGUACUAAAGAAAUCUUUUUGGUUUUUUUAUUUCAGAUGAAGCACUCAUGAGUUAUCCUGCCUACGGCAUGGAGACUUUUUUUGAGGUGACUCGUCUCUCCCCACUACCACUGGCUUAUUUUUCAAUAUUUUUUUAUGAAAAUUUAGCAGAACAUUCUUGGGAUGAUGCUUGAUAAUGUCACAAAUUUUAAGAAUUUUAAUAACGAAGAUACUCUGAAAAAAAAAUCACAAAAAUAUCCUCUUUUUUUUGUACCUCAGACCCUUGUCCCCCUUAAUGAUUCAAUUUUUUUGCAACCAAUUAAUAAAAUUUAAAUAGUUAUGACAGUUCGUCAUUGAAAAUUUUUAAAAAACGGGGGACAUUGUCUCGGAAUUUCCUUAUAUGGUAGAGUCGAUUAUCACUCACAAGAAUUAACCCUGUGAUAAUGAAAUAAAAUAUUUUUUGUUUUAUUUAUUUUAAAUGAAACGGCGAUAAAAAUUAUUAGAUAAAAGCACUAAAUAAAUAAUAAAUUAAUUAGUGUUAUAUUGUAGUACAAUUACUUUGCACGUUAAAAAAAAAAUAUGUUAAAUUAAUAUUUUUUAUUGAUAUUUGUACAUUAAAACUUAAUCUUUUUAAUUUACUUUAAUUUGACGUAAAAAAACAACAUAUUUAUAGUAGUGGAUUAUUUUUAUUAAAUAUUUUGUUUUAAAUAAAUAGAAAAUUACGUUAAAAAAAAACAGUGCAAUUACAGACAAUCGUCUAAAAUGAUUAGAGAACAAAUUUUUUUACUUCUUUACUAAUGUUAUAGAAAAUAAUGAAAUAAAAUAAGAAAAAAAAAACGGAAUAAUUUGUCUUUGUACAGGUGAAUGUCAGAAAAUGAAGUACUGUAAGUUUUGCAGAUAAAAAAGUGAUUACUAAUUAUGGAUAAAAAAUAUCUUUAUUUUAAGAUAGCGAUUAUUACUAUUAUUAUUAUUGUUAUUAUUAUUAUUAAUGUGCUAGAUAUUGUUAACAGUAAGAACACCGAACGCACUGUCGCUACAAUUUGUAGGAUAUUAUUUCAAUAGAGGAUAAUUAAUAUAUUGCUAA